CACGUAAGUACGAAGCUGAGAGUCUCAACUUCGUACUUACGUGGGAAAUGUAUUAUUCGUGCUUAGUUGAGGUCAAGUGUCCUCGAAGAGCUCUAACAAACAAGCAUGACGGGCAUCGAGCGCUAUGGGUCGUCGGGUGCACACACAGUGGAGGGCAAUGUGGCCGGAUCCAGGGCUGCGAAGCUGACCAAGCAGCGAGAGAAGCAGCAGAAGGAGUACGAAGCCAAGCGCCAGGACAUCGAGAAGACCAACCGCCGAGGAACCCGCAUCGACGCCAACUUCCAGUCGCAUCAGGACGACGACGAGAGCGAGUUUAAGCGUCAAACGGUGGGCUUGGUGACAGCGGAGGAAUUUCGAAAGAAGCGCGAGGACCUGCAGAACCGCAAAAGUUCUCGUGCUGACGUGCAGUGCGUAUUGUAGCGGUUUUUGAAGAUAGAAUAAUGUGCUGGUGGAUUAAUAUGUGGACUGGUACUGUUGAUACUGGUGGCAAUAGAUCGGAAGAGCAACAGAAGGAGCCGAAAAAGAAGAAGAAACGAAAAUCCAAAAAGGUGGGACCGCUGUCGUUCGAUAUGGAUGACAAUGAAGGAGACGAGGAGGAGACUGUGCAGCCUAAACGCGUAAAGAAAAGCAUAAAAAAUCCGAAUGUGGAGACGGAUUUCUUACCGGAUAAGGAACGGGAGAAGGAGGAGGCUCGUGAACGACAGCGACUCCGUGCGGAGUGGGAAGAAGAGCAAGAACGCAUCAAAAAUGAGGAUGUUGCCGUGACCUACAGCUACUGGGAUGGCUCUGGUCACCGUCGUGAGAUCACGGUUCCAAAGAAGACGACGAUCGGCAAGUACCUCGAGUUUGUCAAACAGCAGCUGGUGACAGAGUUUGCGGAGUUGCGUGGUGUUAGCGCUGAGAAUCUGAUCUACAUCAAGGAGGAUCUCAUCAUUCCUCACCAUUACUCCUUCUACGAUCUGAUUGUGACCAAAGCACGUGGAAAAAGUGGGCCUCUUUUCCACUUUGACGUGCACGACGAUGUUCGCCUUGUGCAGGACCGACGUGUCGAAAAAGACGAGUCACACCCAGGCAAAGUUGUCGAUCGGCAUUGGUACGAGAAGAACAAACACAUUUUCCCAGCCAGUCGGUGGGAAGUGUAUGACCCUAACGUUGUUCGAGAAAAGUACACAAUCCACGGCGACUAGAUCAUUUGUUCGGGUAUACAUUCGAGUUGCGAAAAGAAUCAAAAUGUGGCGAAUUUGAAACCCGAACUGAAAUUUGAUAACCUGAAAAGUGUAAUCAAUCUGCCAACGGAAUGCAAUCGCAAUAAAAGAUGAUACAAGCAUAAGUCAACAACGCGUACGCUGUUGAUUACGUAGCCUCCGUGCAACUCCUUUGCGCAAGAAAUGGAAGCAGUCUUCAUGACGACUGGUUUGGAGAGCAUAGUAACGUCAGCAUUGACGAGUCUAUUCAUCCUCAUCGGACUGAAUGAACUUGGAGUAAGACGUGUUCUGGCAUUCGCCGUUGGCAUCGAAGACUGCCUUGUAGAAUGACCCAUCCGCUCCCACAACUGAUCGUACGCAAAAGAAAAACAUGAGUCGGGAAUGGAUAGCUUCUAGUAGUAUAGAAAGCUUGGCACGUACCGACAAUGGUGUUCUUCUCCGUACCAAAUGCACAGAUCGUUCGGGUCUCCGGUACGCGGAACUGUGCGAAACUCCACUCUGAGCUGAAAUACUUAGGAAGUAGUCCCCGCAUGAACGACAAACUGUAGGCAAAAUGUCACGUAGAAAGAAAAAAAUUGCUUAGAACCCCACCAAAAUUUCAAGAUUAGUUCGCAAUAGCAGUUGUACCUGGA